AUGGCCUUUCGAGCGAUAGCUAGAACACACCACUGUAACCAGCUGAGAGUGAGCAAUGCAGGUGAAUCAGUUGCGCUCGCUGGAUGGGUGCAGACUCCACGACGUGCAUCAAACAAACUCUCUUUCGUCCCUUUGAAAGAUUUCACUGGUACUACCCAGCUCGUAGUACGUUCUUCAAGCGCUUUGGAAGGUUUGGAUAAGCUUCCCAGCCAAUCCGUCGUCUUGAUAGAGGGGCAAGUGAACAAACGCUCCGAUAAGCAAAUAAAUAAGAGUUUAGACACCGGUGAAAUAGAAGUCGAUGUUAAAUCUUAUACCUUGCUCAAUCAGGCAACAAACUUGCCAUUCAAUCCACACGAUGAGUCUAUCAAAGAGGACCUCAGAUUGCAGUACAGAUAUUUAGAUCUCAGGAGGAAAUUUCUGACAGAUAAUCUUCGCAAAAGAUCAGCAGUGACGCACACCAUCAGAAACUACCUACAUGAUCGCCACUUUACGGAGGUUGAGACACCAAUUCUCCUCAAAUCUACACCAGAGGGUGCGCGUGAGUUCCUCGUCCCCACGCGUAACCACGUAAAGGCACCAACUUUCUACGCACUUCCACAAUCGCCUCAGCAACCAAAACAGCUGCUCAUUGCAUCAGGUGCUACAGACGCCUACUUCCAGAUUGCGAAAUGCUUUCGCGACGAGGAUGGCAGAAAAGAUAGACAACCAGAGUUUACACAGUUGGAUAUAGAAUUAGGAUUCGUCAGCGGCGCUGCCUCUCAAGAUGCGGCCACCAGUGGGUGGAAUAUGGGUGGUGAGCAGGUAAGAAACCUCAUCGAAGGUCUCAUCCGCCAACUCUGGAGGGAAUACCAACGCACUGAGCUCGAAUCUACGUUUAAAGUAAUGAAGUAUAGAGACGCGAUGAACAAGUAUGGUUCAGACAAACCCGACUUGAGAUUCGGAUUAGAGAUAGCCCUGGCUAGUAUGUCAGCCGACGGAAAUUCACAAACGCGGGGGUUAGUCUACAGACCAUCUAGGGAUGGCCGACUCGACGGUGACUUCCUAAAGAACCACCCGGGAUGUAGCCAGAUAACGGAGGAACAGAAGUGCAACCUGGAUGUUCAAGAAGGUGACAUAGUCUGGCUUGAAGAGCUUCCAACCAACCCAGAAGGCGGUGGUACAGGAUUGGGUGCGCUCCGACUGAAGCUCGGCGAGCAGCUCGGCUUGUUAUCUAACCCAGACGCCUACGCAUUCGUCUGGAUAGUAGAGUUCCCUCUCUUCACUCGUGCUGACGAAGACAAAGAGUUCUUGUCGAAGGGGAGAUGGUCGAGCACUCAUCACCCAUUCACAGCACCCUACGCUGAAGAUAUAAGCCUACUAAAAGAAAAUGUCUCACUCGUACGCGGACAGCAUUACGAUUUAGUCCUCAAUGGUGUCGAACUUGGUGGUGGAAGUGUAAGAAUCCAUGAUGCUAAUCUACAAUUAAAAGUAUUCAAAGACGUUUUGGAGUUAACGGACGAUGAAGUUGAUCGUUUCGACCACUUGUUGGUGGCUCUAAAGAGUGGAGCCCCACCACACGCCGGUAUCGCUUUAGGAUUGGAUAGACUUGUGGCUAUAAUGUGUAACACGAGCUCCAUUAGGGAUGUAAUUGCAUUCCCGAAGUCGCUCAAUGGGAUGGACCGCUUAUUCAAAAGUCCUAGCGGCACCACUGACGACAUCCUAAAAGAGUACAACCUCGAAGCGAAGAAGGUUGCUACUGAAUGAUCCUUGUAAUAUUCCCAUAGAAUCCUUUUGUUUAUCUCAUCGAGUGAUCUGUGAAACUAAACGGAAGGGGUGACGAAGUUCGUGCUUUUGCGGGGCUUUUCCUCAAGAGUAAUACGAGAAUGACUAUAGCAAUAUAUCCGACGAUUCCUACGCUGCCUAGUACGACAGCCAAUGCUAUUUGCGAUUUUGGGGGUGCAGGUAAACAGUCAAUGUUAUCUACAGUGAGUGGGUAAAUCUGGCAAGGUCCGCCUGAUCCACUGGUGCUGGGGUUUCCUCCGUUGCUCAUUCCUGAUCCACCUGCGU